AUGGUCAGCUCGUGUUGUGGCUCCGUCUGCUCUGACCAGGGCUGUGGCCAAGACCUCUGCCAGGAGACCUGCUGCCGCCCCAGCUGCUGUGUGUCCACCUGCUGCCGCCCCAGCUGCUGCAUCUCCAGCUGCUGCAGGCCCCAAUGCUGCCAGUCUGUGUGCUGCCAGCCCACCUGCUCUCAGCCCCGCUGCUGCAUCUCUAGCUGCUGCAGGCCCCAAUGCUGCCAGUCUGUGUGCUGCCAGCCCACCUGCUCUCAGCCCCGCUGCUGCAUCUCUAGCUGCUGCAGGCCCCAAUGCUGCCAGUCUGUGUGCUGCCAGCCCACCUGCUCUCAGCCCCGCUGCUGCAUCUCCAGCUGCUGCAGGCCCCAAUGCUGCCAGUCUGUCUGCUGCAGGCCCCCGUGCUGCCAGUCCUCGUGCUGCCAGCCCUCCUGCUGCCGCCCCAGCUGCUGCAUCUCCAGCGGCUGCAGGCCCCCGUGCUGCCAGCCCUCCUGCUGUGGCUCCAGCUGCUGCCACCCCUGCUGCUGCCUGCGGCCCGUCUGUGGCCGGGUCUCCUGCCACACCACUUGCUACCGCCCCACCUGUGUCAUCUCCACCUGCCCCCGCCCCACGUGCUGUGCCUCCUCCUGCUGCUGA